AUGUCAUCAUUAGUUCAAGAAUCACCUGAAGAAAUACUUGAACUAUUAAAAAAGAAGUUACCAAUUCCAAGUAGAUUAACAUCAACAGCUAUAGAAUUAUCAAAUACAUCAACAGAUGGGUAUAGUUCAAUUUAUAGAAAUUCAUAUGAUCCAUCAAAAUUAUAUUCAAAAUUACAUCCUUCUUUAACUACAUUAUAUGAAUUUUUUGAAUUUGGUUAUCAUUUUAAUUCUAAAAAUAAAGCAUUAGGUAUUAGAGAAGUUUUAAAUGAUGGUAAAUUUGGUGAUUAUAUUUGGCAAGAUUAUAAAACUAUUAGAGAAAGAAGAAAUAAUUUUGGAUCAGGUAUAUUUUACGUCUUAGAAAAUAAUCCUUUUGGUGCUAAAUUUAAUUAUGAUCCAUUUGGAAAUUAUAAAUCAUUUGUUUUGGCUAUAUUUUCUCAUAAUAGACCAGAAUGGGCAUUAACUGAUUUAACCUGUAUAGCUUAUUCUAUUACAAAUACUGCUUUAUAUGAUACACUUGGUGCAGAUACAAGUAGAUAUAUUUUAGCAUUAACAGAAGCUCCAAUUGUUGUUUGUUCAAAAGAGAAAAUAAAACCUUUAAUAGAAUUAAAAAGAAAUCACAACUUAAAUAAUUUAAUAGUUAUUGUUUCAAUGGAUGAUUUAGAUAAUUCAAAUGACUUAUAUAAACUUGCUGAAAAGAAUAAAAUAAAAUUAUAUGAUCAAAGAACAGUUGAAGAAUUUGGUAAAUCAAAACCAUUAAAUCCAAUUCCACCAACUUCUGAAACAACAUUCACUAUAUCUUUCACAAGUGGAACAACAGCUGCACCAAAAGGAGUUGUUUUAACACAUGGAAAUGCUGUUUCUGGUCUUUGUUGGAGAUUCAGUAGAACUUUUGGUGAACCAGAUAUUAUUAUGUCCUUUUUACCAAUGGCUCAUAUUUAUGAAAGAGCAAAUGCUCAAUUUUAUUUAUGUAAUGGUGCUUCAAUUGGUUAUCCUCUGGGAAGAACUCCAUUAACUUUAUUUGAUGAUGUUAAGGUUUUAAAACCUACUGUUUUAGCUACUGUUCCAAGAAUGUUAAAUAAAUUAGAAUCAACAAUCAAAUCAUUAACAAUUAAUAACCCAGAUCCAAAGAUCAGGCAAACAUUUACAAAAGCUAUUAGUGAAAAAUUAAAAUUACAUUCACAACCAAACAUAGAUGACAAUAACUCCCCUCAUAUAGAUUAUGAUCCUUUAUUAAAUUCUUUAAGAGAAAAAAUUGGAAUGGGUAGUAUAAAAACAAUGACAACAGGAAGUUCACCAAUUGAUCCAAGAACUAUAAAAUUUGUUAAAGCUGCAUUAAAUGUAGGUAUAAGUAAUGGAUAUGGUUCAACUGAAUCAUUUGCUGGAUUUUUAAGUAGUUUUAAAUUUGAUCCUGAACCUGGAUCAAUUGGUCCAAUAGGUAUAACUACAGAAUGUAGAUUAACAGAUAUACCAUCAAUGAAUUAUACAUCAAAAGAUAUUGAAGGUCCAAGAGGUGAAUUAUUAUUACGUGGUCCACAAAUUUUUAAAGAAUAUUAUAAAGACGCCAAAGCUACUUCAGAAGCAUUUGAUGAAUUUGGUUGGUUUCAUACAGGAGAUGUUGCAAGAAUAGAUUCAAAAAAGGGAAAUCAUAUAUAUAUAAUUGAUAGAGUUAAAAAUUUUUUUAAAUUAGCUCAAGGUGAAUUUGUUUCACCUGAAAAAAUUGAAAAUUUAUAUUUAUCAUCAAAUCCUUUAAUACAACAAAUUUUUAUUCAUGGAAAUUCAUUAGAAUCAUAUCUUGUUGGUAUAAUUGGAUUAGAUCCAGAGUUGAUAAAAGAAAAAUUUAAAAUUAAUAAUUUAAAUCAAAUUGAAUUUUUAAAAUUUUUAAAUGAACCAAAAAAUAAAAAACAAAUUUUAAUUGAAUUAAAUUCUUCAAUUGGUGAUUCUUUACAAGGUUUUGAAAAAUUACAUAAUGUUGAAUUUAAUAUUAAUCCAUUAACUGUUGAAGAAAAUCUUAUUACACCGACAUUUAAAAUUAAAAGACCUAAUUGUAUUAAAUUUUUUGAAAAUAAUUUAAAAAAAUUAUAUGGUGAAGGUUCAAUUUUAAGAAAUGAAAAAUUAUAG